CAUUUCAAAAAAACCAAAAAAGAAAUUCAGAGAAAGAGAACGACGAAACCGUCUCCGGCUCCGCUCACUCGAAACCGUCUGCAACGGACAUGGCCGCCUCACUCGAAAUCGUCCGCCGCCUCUCUUCCUUCAGCCCUCUCACUCAGUGAAGCAUCCUCGCCGAUUUCAUUCUUUCGAUUUCAAAAGCCUCUCUGACACUCUACUGACCGCGAGGUUGCUCUCAUGAUACUAAUGGCUUACUUUUCAUAUAUGUUACAGAAGGGUAUGCUCUUUCAAUGAGGGAAAGUGGGGUGAUUCUCAUUCAUGUACAGUUUCGUGUUCACGUCCAGUCUUCUCUAUCCACAAGUGUAACUUCCAGAUAUUGAUUGCAUAAGGUACUGUCAUUCUUCUUGUUCGUAUUUUACUUAUUCUUUUUUAUUGAUCUAUUACAAAGUUUUAUUUUUUUUCUGAUUUUUAUUGUUUUCUAUAAGGUUUUUUUCUCUUGUUUUGGUUGUGGUUUCUUCUGAGUGAUGAUUGCUUUUCUGAAACUCUCUUUAUUAUGUUUCUUGUCUUGCCAAUUAUAUUGAUUUUCGUGGUGCAAUAAUAUGUGUAAAACAUGAUACCAAAAUGAACAAUUUAUUCUGUUUUUUUAGUUGAUUUUUGUAGUAGUUGAGGACCAAAUCAUUGCAAAAAAGUUGAAAAGUCAAAUAAAAUCACCAUCUACCCAUAGCUACAAGCCUUGCCUAGAACCAAAGAUCAUAGAAGAUAAAAAUCUCCCUACAAGAAUCUAGAGGCCACUACACCCACUUGUAGUCCCAGGCUUUGACCCUAGUGGCAAAAGAAGGUGAAAAAGGCGUAUAUGCUUAUGGUACCUUACGGUGGCUACGAGACCGUAGUUUGGGGCUACUAGUGGUCGUAGCCAUCAUAUUUUCCAAGUUUUUGGUGGUUACACUUUUGGCAUACUAGUAGUUUUUGAUCGUUACCAGUAGUUUGGGGCUGCUUAGUGGUUACUUAAGGCACGGAAUUGAUUUGGUGAAGGGGGACUCUUAGCAUAUUGUAACGAUCGAAAUCUUCCUGGACGUAUAUGCUUUUGGUUACUUAAGUUUCUUUCUUUGUUAUUUUCUACUUUAUGCUUUCAUUUUAUUUUGAUUUGAUUUCUCUGCUAUGAUCAUGAGUGAGUAGACUGACUCCCUUUGUCUUGGAUUGUGGAAAAAAAAAUCUUAUGAUAAACUUUCUAUAAUCCCAAUUCUAUCUUUUUUGUUAUGGAAUUAUAAAACCUUCUAAUUCAAUUUAUUGUUCCUAAGCAACAUUUUUAAGUAUGCUAUUAUUGAACUAUGAUCAUCCAAUUGUAAAUAUCAACAAUGGACUCAUGAAAGGUGAAGAUGAUAUCUAUAAAUAUGAUGAGAUGAUUAUAAGACUAUAAUACAUAAUCUUAGGCAACAGCCGAUGAAAUGAAUGGUGAAAGUUUGUGCCGGAACUACAUUUGCUACUUGAACUAUAAAUCAAGAACACCAUAGACAUGUAUAGAGCUUAAUUACCGAUUAAUUCUUUUUUUUUUUUGUUGUAGUUUAGUUGGUAAAAAUUCCAUCUUUAAUGUAAAUAAGUGGGUGUCUGGAGUUCGGACCUCGACCCCUGCAUAUAUAAUGCAAUAAUAUUACCAACUGAGUUAGGUUCACGAAGACUACCUAUUAAUUACUAUUUUAUUACAACAACUAGUAGAGAAUUGAAAACUGUUAUAUUCUUACGUUUGAGCUUACAUAAUUGCAAUAUCUUCCUUCCACGGCAAUACAAUACUACGUGGUCUCCUACAAAUUAAUCUAAUUAGUUUAUUAUUAGUCAUCUUGACUUUAACUAAUUAAUUAAUUACAUGAAUCUCAGCUUAUAUAUGUUAAUGAACAAAAAUUAUCACUAAUAGUUAAGUUAUAACUAAUUUUCCAAUAUGGAAAAGGCAAUUACCAAGAUAGUGAUUGUUCCUAGUCCUGGUUUUAGUCAUUUACUUUCACUCAUUGAAUUUUCUAAACGCCUAAUUCAACUCUCCAAUGCCUUGCACAUAACAUUCCUCAUUCCAUCUCUUAAUUCUCCAUCUGAAUCCUCCAAAUCCAUCCUUAAAACUCUCCCUUCGGCAAUACACGCCACUUUUCUUCCUCCGAUCCACAUUGACGAUUUACCGGAAGGGACUCCAAUAGCGGCCCAUCUUCAACUCGCGGUAACCCGCUCUCUUCCAUUCAUCCGCGAUGCAUUGAAAUCUUUGAGUUUAACUCCAAAUUUGGCCGCUCUUGUUGCCGAUCUUUUUGCAAGUGAUUCACUUAUUUGUGCAAAAGAACUAAACAUUUUGUCAUUAAUUUAUUGUCCAUCAUCGGCUAUGACACUUUCUUUCUGCUUGUUUCUACCAAAGCUUGAUCAAAUAGUAGUACCUACUACUCAAUUCAAAGACCUUCAUGAACCGAUUCAAAUUCCGGGUUGUGUACCAAUCAAUGGAAGAGAUCUUCUGAACCCGGUUCAGGAUCGAAAUAGCAUAGUAUAUGAAUUAUUUCUUCAAAAAUGCAAACAACUCUUGCAUGUUGAUGGAAUCAUAGUUAAUAGUUUCAAAGAAAUUGAACAAGGACCUAUAAAAGCAUUGAUUGAUGAAACAAAUGGCUAUCCAAAUGUUUAUCCAAUUGGACCAAUUAUCCAAACUGAUUCUACCAAUUCUAAAAAUGGGUCAGAAUGUUUAACUUGGUUAAACAAUCAAUUACCAAAUUCUGUUUUAUAUGUUAGUUUUGGAAGUGGAGGGACACUUUCACAAGACCAAAUUAAUGAGCUAGCAUUUGGGUUAGAAUUAAGUUGUCAAAAAUUCUUGUGGGUUGUUAGAGCACCUAAUGAAUCAUCAAAUUUUGGUUACCUUAAUUCACAUGAUGAUCAUGAUCCUUUUAAGUUUUUGCCACAUGGGUUUAUUGAUAGGACUAAAGAACAAGGUUUUUUGGUUCCUUAUUGGGCCCCACAAGUUCAAAUUCUUAGUCACAAUGCAAUUGGUGGGUUUAUAAGUCAUUGUGGAUGGAACUCUAGUCUUGAGAGUAUCAUGAAUGAGAUACCAAUUAUUGCAUGGCCACUUUUUGCGGAGCAGAAAAUGAAUGCAGUUUUGUUAAGUGAUGGAAUAAGAGUCGCAAUUAGGCCAAAAGGAAAUGAAAUUGGUUUAGUGGAAAAGGAAGAAAUUGGUGAGGUUGUAACAAGAGUUAUUGAGGGUGAUGAAGGUAGAGAACUUCGUGAAAGAAUGAAAGAAAUGAAGAAUUCGGCUUAUGAAACGUUUCAAGAAGGGUUGUGUAUAGAAACUCUAGUUAAGUUAGUUGUUCGUGUUUAGAUGUAUACUCAUACAUUACAAAAAUUAAGUUUAAUACAGUAUAUAGUUAU